UCGCCCCGCGCUUCCAGCCCGGCCCGGGGGCCGGCGCCGAACUGAGUUACGGAAGCGCCCGGCGCGAGACUCUCAGGGUUCGAAAAUGCCCCGCGCGUUCCUGGUGAAGAAGCCGUGCGUCUCCACGUGCAAGCGGAACUGGAGCGAGCUCCCGGACGAGGAGCGCGGCGAGAUCUACGUGCCAGUGAGCCUGGGCUUCUGCCCCCCACAGCCCUACCGGGAGCCAGAGCCUUCGGUGGCUGAACCUCCUUCCUGCCCCCUGGCUUUGGACAUGAGCCUUCGUGACUCCAGCUACACUGUGGCCCCUGGGCCCUGUGUGGUGGCCCAGCUGCCCUCGGAAGAUGUGGGCCGCCUGACAGACCCACAGGUCAGAGACCAGGGCUUCCUGCGCACCAAGAUGAAGGUGACCCUGGGGGACAGUCCCAAUGGAGACCUCUUCACCUGCCACAUCUGCCAGAAGACCUUCACCUACCAACGCAUGCUGAACCGCCACAUGAAGUGCCACAAUGACGUCAAGAGGCACCUGUGCACCUACUGUGGGAAGGGCUUCAACGACACCUUUGACCUCAAGAGACAUGUCCGAACCCACACUGGUGUGCGGCCAUACAAGUGCAGCCUGUGCGACAAGGCCUUCACGCAGCGCUGCUCCCUGGAGUCUCACCUCAAGAAGAUCCACGGUGUGCAGCAGCAGUACGCGUACAAGGAGCGCCGGGCCAAGCUGUACGUGUGUGAGGAGUGUGGCUGCACCUCCGAGAGCCAGGAGGGCCACGUGCUGCACCUGAAGGAGCACCACCCUGACAGCCCGCUGCUGCGCAAGACCUCCAAGAAGGUGGCCGUGGCCCUGCAGAACACCGUCACCUCCCUGCUGCAGGGCGGCCCCCACCUCUGAGUACCCAGGCCGGGGUGAUCCCAGAGGGGCCAGGGGCACCUCUCUGCUACCCGGCCAACCCACCCUCCCAUGGCCUCUUGCCCAAAUACCAGUGAUCAGGACCAGAGCCCCUGGGCCUUGGGCUCCCACAAGGCACCCCCUGAUCACGCAAGCCUACCGUUGAUGGUGCUCCUUCCUCCAUGUUUGACUUAUGGACAGAGGCUGCUCUGAGUGUGGGAAGACAUAGGAAUGUCUGCGCAGGGGUGAGGCCAAGCAAGCCCAGCACUGCCUCCUUGUAGCAGGACUUCCUCCCCAAAGAACAAAGACCAGAGGGGACCCUGAUGCCCUUCUGCAGAGCCCGGGUCCCCGUGGACAGCGAGUCAAGAGCACCCUUGCAAGCAGCAGUGGGGGAGGCUGGCAGCAGCAGGUUCUAAUGCUCAGGGUUCCGGAGGGCUCUGCCCUUCUGACAAAGAGGCACACGUUUGCACAGCUCUGUGUGUGUGUGUGUGUGUAUGUGUAUGUGUGUGUGCACGCACGCGUGUGCCCAAGCAGCUACAUGUGUCCUCUGUUUUUCCUCGUUGUAUGUGGGUUCCCAUGCGUGUGUAUUCCUGUGCACGGGGGUGCACACACGUGGCCUCUCGGCAUAUCACCUCAUUCUUAAACCAACCACAAGGUGCCAAGGAGGUUUUAUUUCCUUUUUUGUAAAGAUGACAAAUGUACAGAUAUUAAUAUAUUUUUGGUGCCCAUGGCGAUUAUUUUUAAGAGAGGGUUGGAGCUGGCUUUUCUCCACCCCCGCCCCCUGUGGUUCUAUUUAUCCUGGACAUUUCAAACCUCCUCUGUGCCUUGGCUCUGGGGUGGCUGUGCCAACCCACCCCCCUGAUCUUUGAACAUCCAACCAGAGACCUUCCAACAGCCCCACACUGAGGGUGGAACACUCCUUCUGUCCUUCCUCUUCUGCUGGACAGAGCCUCACCUCUCCUGCUCCUCCCUCCCCAGCCCUCUCUCCUUCAUGAGGCCCCAGGUUUCCUGUCCUGGUGAGCCUGUGCACUCCUGAUGGACAACUCACCGUGUCUGAGGCUGAGGGCGGGUCCCGCUGGGGCAUUAGGGGUCAGCCAGGUGGAUGGCAAGUCUUUAACACUGAGUCUGCUGCCUGAAACACCAGGCUAGUACAGGACCGAGCUGGAGGGCUGGUCCUCUUCUGGAUGAGUCAGAAACCCUAGAACAGUAGAAAAAAAGGGGGCAAGGGGUGGUGGUGGUGGAUCAUAACAUCAGAAAUGUCUAGAGGGAGAAGAGGAGGUUAACAAGAUUUCCCCGUGGCUGGCUGUUUGGCACGUGGCUGGCUGUUUGGCACAUGGCUGGGAUUUUGAGCAGCUGUUCUGGUUCUCCCCUAGGAGGGAGGUGUUCUCCCAUGGUGUGCUGAGGAGGCCUGUUGAUAACGGGGAAUGAGGUUGUAGGUCAAAGUGGGGGUGUGUCUUGUGGGUCAAAGGAGACAGACCUGGAGCUACAUCUAGCCAGCCUGCAGGAGAGUCAGCGAGCCAGACUCACCAGAUGGCCACCUAGUGUGGCAACCAAGCCCCAUCAGACCCAGCCGAGGCACCCCCCACCCAGAAGACCCGGUGUGUGGCACAGACCCCACUGAGGCCCCAACCUCAGACUGACCCUAGAGGGAGAUUUCUUGUUCUGUAUCUGAACUAUUGUAUAGACCCACUCUGAAGGCUUGUUUUCAUUUUACUUUAAUUGUCUGGGGAGUUGCUGUAUUCUCAAAGUCCUACAGGUUAUCCCAAAGCUCUGUUUGUGUUUACAUUUCUGUACCCCUGUGCUCACUGACAAUCUGAGAUAGCUGUGAGGCUCUGUGUUGUAUCUGUCUUAUUUUAUAACUUUCCCUCCAACAAUUAAAAUCAGAUCGCUAA